CGGAGACUCGAACCCGAAUUUUAGCGGUAUAACGAUAACCUAUCAAUCGCUAUAUGUUUAUCGCGCUGUCAGUAAUAUAAUAUAAAAGCGACUGAACCGGUCUGUUUUUUUUUCCGGCGUUGUUGAUCUUUUAUUUUUUCAAUUCUUAUAUAAUAGUCAUAGCGACGUGAGUGCAGUUUUGCGAGUGUCCUUGUUGUGACUUAAUUAAACAUGAACAACAUAUAUACAAUAAUUUCGAAGGCAAAAAAUCGUAGCAAUUCCCUGAUCAACUUAGCUGAUUUUUUUACAUCGUAGCUACAUAAAUUAAUUUCCGCCGCGCGACGGUUACUUGCAAAAUAAGGAUUGAUUAUUCAUGAAUAUACUGGAUGACAGAUACUUUUUGAUCAUUCGGCGGGAUGUUCGUGGCCAUGGGAGAGCUAUAUUAACAAUUCUCUAAAAAGAAAAAACAAUUUAAAAUUUAAUCAACUAAUUCCAAUAAGAUAAUGAUACGGAAAUUAACGAAAAUGAUAAAUUACUUAAAGGACCCUCAAUUAGUCGCAUCGAUUCAACAAUUUUUUGGGGUCAAAAUAUAUUAUAAUUCCUAUAAAAAAACAUUCCGAGAGGAGGAGAAAAACGUUUAUACAAAAUUUGAUGAUAAUGAAGAAAAUUAUGUUUUAACUUGCCACAGUAAAAGCAUAAAUGGCUGUGAUGCAAGCAAGCAAUUGAAAACACGCACAAAGCAAAUGAAUCCUUUGGAACAGAGAACCAAUGAGCGAACAAACGAGCACAAAGAAACUUUGAUAAUUUCAAAUAAUCCAAAUUAUACAAUCACUAAUCCAUUUUGGUAUUACACAUUUGUGUUUGGAACCGAAUUAGGAGAUGAGAUCUUCUAUUCAACUUUUAUACCUUUCUUGUUCUGGAAUAUCGAUGGAGCUAUUGGCCAAAGAGUAGUCUUAGUAUGGGCCACUAUUAUGACCAUUGGGCAGAUAUUGAAAGAUAUAAUAUGUUGGCCUAGACCAGCGUGUCCUCCGGCAGUUAGAUUACAAAAUAAAUGGUCACAGGAAUACGGAAUGCCAUCCACUCAUGCCAUGGUCGGUUUAACUUUGCCAUUUAGUGUAGUAUUAUUUACAAUGAAUAAAUAUAUUUAUCCAUUUUCUAUCGGCUGUAUUAUGGCAUUUCUUUGGUGUGUACUUGUCAGUAUGAGCAGAUUGUACCUAGGUAUGCAUACUGUACUAGAUGUUUUGGCCGGCUUAGUAUUAGCGAUUGCGUUAAUGAUUCCGCUGGUACCCUUGGUGGAUCUAACAAAUUCUUAUGUCGUCACGAAUUUUUGGCUCGUAGCAAUGCUGAUCGCAAUCAGUAUUGCCACUAUUGUAUACUAUCCAUCCAGUUACAAGUGGACACCUACUAGAAGCGACACUGCCAUGGUCGUAUCAGUCACAGCAGGAAUUCACGUAGGAGCAUGGCUCAAUUAUUGUACAGAUAGAGGCGCUAUCUGUGGAAUGCAAGUUGCACUGACUCGUAAAAAGAACUUCCAUCUUUCGCGGUCAAAAGUGGCCAAACAAUCCAAGAAAAUGGCUUCGUGGAGUAGAGUGCAGUCAGGCUUUGACAUUGAUGAUGAGACUAUUAAUUUUGGGACACGGAUAAUCGCGGAAAACAACGGUUCUCUGUACGAGGCAUGCACCGUGGCAACGAUUCAAUCGCUCGAAAAGGUGGAUCAACAGCCAAAUGUUGUAGCAUCUAUUCAAUAUUCCAAGAUUUGUGUAGCAAUUGACAAGUCUAUUACAAUAUUUAAAGAUGAAACGUGCGAUGAAAUAUUAUGUAAUAUUAGCUUUCCCUCCAUGAUAGCUGGCUACUGCAUUUCAAAGGACGGUGUUUUUUUAAUUGUCAUACUCACAACCAGGAUUUUAUACUGCUUGCAUUUAUCAGAUGGAAAAAUAAUUUUCACCAAAACAAUGCCUGAUAAUGAAGGUGAAGUAAUAGAGAUAUUUUUAAAAGAGCAAAGUGAGGAAACAUUAAUAAUUCUUGUUACAAACACUGGAGCUAUUUACAGAUUCUCGAAAUUUUAUCCUAAAGCUUUAGAUAUUGCAUUUAUCAGUAAUGACAAAGUUACAGUUGCGAAAUAUAUAGCAGAUAUUCAGUGCUCUCAAUUGUUCAAAGGAUUUACUUCUCCGGAGUUUCUUAAUGCUACAGUAGACACAUCAUCAGAAGAACUAUCGAUAACUAUGGUUGGAGCAAAUUCGAUAUUUACUUGGCCUAAUGAACACUAUAUGAAUUUCCAAGAUGUAUUUUCUUUUGGAUAUAAAAAGAUAAAGCCGUUGCAUGGCAAUAGUAAGAUGCUAUGUCUACGUACAGAUAAUAUAUUAAAUAUGAUAUGCGUGAAUACAUUUCUUACGUUGAAAAUAUGCGAUGGCCCAGUAUUUGAUUUCAGCGUAAUACAAAAUGAUGAUCAUUGUGAAAUUUUAUUUUUAACGCGUUCUGAAAACAAUUAUACAACAUGUACAUUACGUGUUAUUUCUUAUCCUGAUUUUGAACAGAAAUUAGAAAUCGACGUAUCUACCAAUACUUGUUUAUUAAAUGUUUUACACGCUUCUGAUAAUCUAUUUUACAUAGAAGGUAUUACUACUGAGAUUGGUACUAUUGAUACAUUUAGAAUAAAAACGAUAUUGGAAAGUAUUCCUGAAAUACGUUUAGCGAGACUAUUAAGGAAGAGACAGUUUGAUGCAGCAGAAGCUUUUGCAAAGAAACUAAAUCUCUCAAUGGAAUCCGUUUAUUGUUCUAAAGCAACAUUACUCGUAGAACAGCUCAGUCCCUGGGCAAAAUCUACUUCUAAUUCAGUCAACGUAGAUACAUUAAUAAAUAUUUUGGAUAAAAUACAAAAUGUGCAAUAUGUGAUUGAAUGUUGUAGCAAAGCCCUCAUUUCUGAUUAUAUACAAAUGAGACGGUUAUAUUCGUAUGCUCGACAAAAAAUAGUCGAAAAUAUUAAGAUAAAAAAUAUAGAUGAUUCAUUGAAUACCAGUCUAUCUGUAAUAAAUGACGCUCUAUAUAGACUUGAGACUUUCCAAAUGAUCCAAGAUAUCGAAGCAGAUGGGUUAUUGAACGAUGACGCAAGUAUGAAAGAAUGGAUACGAUUUUCACAAGCAAAUUUAUUGGAAGAAUGUAUUUCUCGCUUAAACAUGGGUCAACUAAAAUCUGCUACAUUAAUUUGGACAAGACAUCUUCCUGAUCUUGUAAAACACAUAUCUAUGCAGACUGUACAGAACAUUUUUACCAUCUUACCUGAAGAUGUGGAUCCAUCGUGUUUAUGGCCGUGGCUUAUUCAUUUUAUACCAACGUUGUUAUCCUUAUUGCCUGAUGCAAUAAAUGAGAUUAUAUCUUGGAGUUUAAAAAAAUUAAAAUAUCUUGAGAUAUCUCAUCGUACAACGUGGCCAGAAAUCGGUACAGAGUUUGCUAAAAAGUUUAUAAAACUGCUCAAAUUUGAAGAUAAUCAAUCAGUGUACUUUCAUCAAGAGUACAGAUAUCAGAACUCUCUACUGAAACAGUUUAUGAUUCUGUUUCAAGCUUUAUCCGAUAUUCAACAAUUGAAAAUUGUUCACAGAUUGAGAGUACCUCUUGACGUAUACAUUGAUUCACCUGUAGAAGCGAUUUAUAUGUUGUUGGAUAAAAUACAUAUUGAUCAAAUAUCAAAUUUUGCAAAUACGUUCCUAAAACAAUAUAUAUUUAAUAAUAAUUUGCAAAACGAUACUGUCUUUUGCACAUAUAUCCAGAAAACUAUAGAAAAUUCGUAUAGUUGGUGGUUUAAUGAAGAAGCUGCAUGGGAGAAAAGAGUUGUUAUUAUAAUAGAUCUUAUACACAACAUAGAAAAACGACUGGAGCAAACUUUAAUAGUUUUAAGAAAAGCGCCAGUGCCUUGGAGUUCAAUUAUAGCUAAUCUAGCAGAAACAAGCAUUAAUUAUGAUCACAAUUUAUCUUUUAAAAUUAAAAUUGAAUGUGAUUACGUUCCAAUAAAACUAAUUUUAAAGAAAUAUGGAUAUGCGACAAUUGGCGUAAAUAAUAAAUUGAUAUCACGUAUAAUAAAAGAAAAUUGCGAUUCCAUGAUUAAUGAUAUAGAUGUGUUAACGAAAAACGAUCAGCAAUUAAGGCAAGAUGCAUUUUGUCGGUGCAUAAAUGCCCGAUUGAAGGAAAAAAAUCUUGAGAGAGCAAUGGAUAUAAUACAUUAUUUGGAAAAUGAUGCUGCCAGCGCUUUAUAUUGUUAUGAAGGAAUUAUUAAUUAUAUUGUUGCAGCUUUUUCUUUUCAAAAUGCAACGACAUCCUUGAUUUACUACAUGGAAAUAUUGGGUUGCUUAGAGCUUAAAAUAUAUAACUUGUUAUCGCAAUCAAAUGUUUGCCCCUAUCGUUGCAACAACAGUAUCAAAAUGAUAAAAGAUUUAAAGUCAUUGUACGCACUGAAAAAAUAUUAUGAGAUUGAUAUUUCUUUGAAAGAUUAUCAUUUGCAGAAGUCACUUGUGUUGCAAAACUAUAUCUCGAAAUUACUUCCAAAUAUGAAGGAGGAUGAUUGGUCAAUAAUGCAGAGGAUGGUUAUUAAAGUUGCCGAAUUGCUAGGAUUAGAAAAGUCGUAUGCAAUUUUAUCUAUGUUAGAACAAAUGAAAAACUUAAACGGACUAGAACAAUUUGUUGAUGAUGAUAAAGAUGAUUUAAAUAUGGUGUCUGAAAAAUUUAAGAAUAUACAUAAGAUAUGUUCAUCAAUAUUACAACAUGCUGCUGUAGACACCAAUGCUGUAAAAGUUGUCAAAAACUUGAGCAUUUUGACAUUAAAUACUUGUCAAGACGGUGAUUUACAGUCAGCACUAAUGCUUUACACUUGUAUCAAUACAUGUCCAAGUUUUCCCACUCAAGAUUGUUUUGAUGUAGAACAGAGACCACCAUCUAAUUGGAAACUAUAUACAAUUUAUAAGGAUCAAGCAAUAUCUUUGAAUGAAAAGUUGUUGUUUCUGUUUAAAGAUGCAAUGUCUCUGCACUUAUAUUAUUCAAAUCAAAUCAACACUAAUAAAAUCACAAAUUGCGACGAACAAAUGGACAAAUUAUUGAUUAAUUUUCUGGAAAAUACAAGAAAGAUACAACCUCAGCACAACGAUUAUUCUUUACUACAAAUUUUCAAAACAUUUUAUUUCAUGUACUAUGGCACGUCUGUAAGAAACGAAGAGAUAUUAACAGAAAUGAAAUUUAUAUUAUCAGAGCUUUUGAUAAAUUUAUUGAAAAAGUUGUGCACUGGUCGAUCGUUCGAUUUGCAAUGUGGACUAUCGGCUCUCUUUAUGUUAUCUGAACAAGAGGCAUGCAGUUGGCUUUCUACAGUUUCCGUAUCAUUUCAAGCCGAUUAUAUUCGGCAUUGUACAAUCUCAACUUUGGGAUAUGAAUAUUCGCGCUUGGGGCAAAAUCGAUUGACACAGCCGUUCGAGAGUUAUAAGCUAUUGCAUAUUUGGGCACAACGACUGUCACAUUAUUCAGUAACUUCUAAAG